CAGAUACAGAGGAGAUUUGGAGGAUUGCUUAAAUUGGAAAUAAACAUGGGGUUCUGCGGAUCACGAGAUGAUGCUCUACGAGUUGACAACGGGGUCUUACAAAACGAAUGCUUUGUUGAUGUACUUAACAUUGUACCCCAUGCAAUAUUUCUCCUAAUCAGCGUGUUUAUCCUCAUCGUAUGGAACAGGUCUGUGCUCGGCCAGCUCCACGUAACAACAUGGGUGCACUACCAUGGACAUUCUCUGAGAUGGACAGUUACCAUAGUGCUGGUGAUAAGUUGUGUUGUAGGGAUAGCAGAAGGAGUAAUGUCAGACUACAUGGACCAAGAUACUGUUAAUGUGCACGCUUUCCUCCCACAAUGUCUUGCCCUCGCUGCAGCCUUGGGAAGUAUUACUUACUAUCAUAAUGUGGAGCAAUGGAACUCACCGAGAUUUCUCCUUGUAUUGAUGGGAUAUUGGUUGUCAAUGAUUGUCCUUAAAUUCUUGAAAGCAUUUUCUUUAUACAAAAAUGAUGUGACACAUAUUCAUCUGAGAGUCUGGCUAACUUGGUUUGAUGUGUUGCUGUACCUGAUACUGCUGGGAGUUGAACUGAAUGUUCUAAGAGUGCAGAGGUAUGCUUUCUUCAAGAAGUAUAUACCAGCCCACUCUUCAAAGGAGCUAGGAACAUCCAAGUAUAUUCACGACCAUGUGAACCUCCUCUCCAAAGCUUCAUUUUGGUGGCUCAACUCAACUCUAAUGGAGGGUUAUAGAACUCCAUUAGAGAUGGAGGACUUGGGUCCUUUACCAAAGACUGAGGGAGCUGUAGCCCAAUAUGCUAAACUACACGCUUCAUUUGAAGAAGAAAAGUAUAAAGCAUCAUGCAGAAACCAAUCCCCAUCCUUUCACAAGAGCUACUUGAGAGCAUUUGGACCGAUGCUGGUGUUUGCUGGGGUACUGCGGUUGCUUGGUGUCCUGCUGUCGUUUGUGGGCCCCUGGUGUAUAGAACACAUUGUGGACUAUAGCUACAAAGCUAAGUCCCACACCAACACCAGCCAGAGUGGUCCAACUGUACAGACAUAUGUAAUCAACAAUGGCACGGAUAACUCUACAUUCUCCACACUGCCAGAUUCUAAGAACACUCUAUUGUAUGUGGAAGUGUCAAGCUUUUUCUCCAAUGGCUACGUACUGUGUGUUAUACUGUUUAUUGGAACACUGUUGGAACACACUCUGAUGCAGAACCAUCACUUCAUUGUCAUCAGACAGGGCGUUAGGCUGAGGGCUGCACUGCAGACCAUGAUAUUUGGUAAAGCAUUGAAGUUAUCCAGUCUGGUCAUCAACAGUGGAAAGAUGACCAUUGGUCAGAUCAUGAACCACAUGUCCAUGGACACUGUAUUCCUCAUGCAUCUCUUCUUCUUCAUCCACUUUUUCUGGGGAGGUCCUCUACAGAUCAUACUUGCCCUACUGUUGAUGUACUACAAACUCGGCUGGAGUGCUGUUAUAGGAGGAUCUUUGGUUAUACUUGCCGUUCCUCUCCAAUAUUUCGCCGGCAGUGGUCUCUCAAAUGUCCAGAAGAAAUGUAUGUCAAAAGCAGAUAAAAGAGUCAAGAAGACAAACGAGGUUAUACAGGGUAUAAGUGUUGUAAAGCUGUUGGCAUGGGAACCGUUCUUCACUAAAAGCAUCACUGAGACUCGUACAGAUGAACUAAGAAGCCUGUAUUUCAACUCAUUAUUCCGAGUUCUGUUAUCUUUCAUCGGCAUUGCAGUUCCUGCUAUAGGUACAAUGUUGGCAUUCUUGAUCCACCCCUAUCUAGAGGACGAGCCAUUUACUGUGGGGAAGGCCCUAUCCACGCUCUCCCUGUUUAAUCUACUACAGCUACCUUGUUGGUUGAUCACUCACUUCGUCAACACUUUUGUCACUGCUAAUGUUAGCGUGAAGCGUCUGUUGCCAUAUUUCUUGGCUGAGGAGGUGGAGGGACCCGGAGGCCGUGGUGCCAAGACCCACACACACAGCAUAGGAGUGGAGACAACAGAUCUGGAUAGUAUACGACUGGGGUUGGUAGUGGAUAUAAGUAAUGGGACAAGAAAAACGAGUUCUUUACUGCGGAAGGAUGAAGACACCAGCUCCCUCAGUUCGUUAGAGAGUACAUACUCUCGUACACCCAUGCACAGUCGUCAUGGAAGUCGAGCCUCACUCCUGGAUACACACGAACCCAACAAGCGUGCCAGUAUUGGUAGGACCUCCGCAGGGUCGGUUCUGACCGUGUCAGAGCCUGCUGAGCCAGGUCGGCGCCGUCAUACAAGUGGUGUGUCAACAGAGGAUGAAGAUGAUGUUGCCGAUGUUACCACGGUGAUAGAGCCACGGGCCACUGUGGAGGUUGUCCACGGUAACUUCUCCUGGGAGCUGGAAAGUAAGGAACUGUCACUGAAAAACAUUAACAUCAAAAUACCAUCAGGAAAAUUGACUAUUAUUGUUGGUCCAGUGGGAUCUGGAAAGUCCUCGCUAUUAUCUGCUGUUUUAGGAGAAAUGAUCACUGUAUCAGGAACUGUGGACUGGAAUAGAGGAACAAGACGUGCCUAUGUUUCCCAGAAGCCUUGGUUACUGAAUGCCUCAUUGAAAAACAACAUCCUGUUUGGGCAGCAAUUCCAGUGGCGAAGAUAUAACAAAGUGUUGCAAGCAUGUGCAUUACAACCAGACAUAGCCAGUCUGCCAGCUGGGGACAACACGGAAAUAGGGGAAAAGGGGGUGAACCUCAGUGGAGGUCAGAAACAGAGAGUCAGUAUUGCCAGAGCUCUUUACUCUAAAGCGGACACAAUAAUACUGGAUGAUCCCCUGUCUGCGUUGGAUGCCCAUGUUGGCAAGCAUGUGUUUGAGGAUGCUAUAUUGAAACGACUGUUAAGGAGAAAGAGAACGGUCAUUCUAGUCACUCAUCAUCUUCAGUACCUAAAUCAGGCUAAUCAUGUAAUAGUUAUGAAGGAAGGAAGCGUUCAGUACCAGGGGAAGCUGACAGAUGUUAAGAAGGUGGACCCAGACCUCUACGAGUCCUGGAGACGAGCAUUAAGGGACUUUAAAUCUACACAGGAACCUAGCCAAAAAGAGACCUUGGGGACAGACAACAAGGAGUUACCUGAACAUACAGAUUCAGAUGUGGCCUUGGUGUCAGAGAACCUCCUCCGACCAGAGGGUCAUCGCCGACCAUCAGGACAGAUGCUUGGAUCUUUAUCACAUCGACGCCUGUCCACACAGCUCUCAAACAUGGAGGAAGAGACAACAAGUCAAGAAGGCAAUGAGAUGGAAGAUCACAGUCAUGACAAGGGCAAGGGUAACCAUGACCGGAACAAGGCUGUUAAUGACACGGAAACAGGAAGUAAAGUAGAUGCUGAUUCAUCAGGAAAGCUGAUAAAGAAGGAGCAUAGGGAAAUAGGAGCUGUAGCUAUGGGUGUGUACGUGAGAUAUGGCCAGGCGUGCUGCCCUCUACUGGCUGUUAUUGUGUUAAUGAUAUAUGUGAUAUACCACGCGUGUUUUGUGGGCAGUAACAUGGUGCUGGCCACAUGGACAGAGGCUAUUACAGAUUACGAGACCAGGAAACAGAUGUCCAGUAACUUCACCGAGACAUUUGAUAAUGGUCGGUACAUGCGAAUAUACUCCAUACUAAACCUAUCAGGCAUAGGGGGCGCCAUGUUAGCCAGCGGCCUUCUGUACAUUGCUGCGAUUAAGGCCUCCAAAGUGCUGCACUCCACUAUGUUAGAUACCAUCCUACACAUACCUAUCAGGUUUUUUGAUACUAAUCCGACGGGAAGGAUUUUAAACCGAUUCUCCUCAGACAUGUCACAAAUCGACCAGCAUUUACCAAAUACUCUCGAGAACCUGAUGAAAUGUUUUUUCCUGACAAUAUCCGCACUUAUAGUGAACAGCAUCGGGACCCCUUACUUCCUUCUGGCAGCCAUUCCACUUGUCAUCCUCUACUUCUGUAUACAGACCUUCUUCAGAGCAACGACCAGAGAACUCCAGAGAUUGGACAGCUUAACAAAGUCGCCCAUAUUUUCACAUUUCUCGGAGACACUGAAUGGUCUACAGACGAUAAGGGCUUAUAAAGCAGAGGGUCAGUUCCAGUGCCAUGCUAUACAAGCUAUAAAUAACAACACAACACCACUGCUGUUUAUACACUCUGUCAACAGAUGGCUCGGCAUCAGACUGGACUACAUGGGUGCUGUGGUGGUGUUUCUGGCUGCAGUGUCUAGUCUCAGUGCCUGUCUUGCCGGACAAACCACUCCUGCCUCAGUCGGACUCAGUAUAACUUAUGCCUUACUUGUUUCUUUUUAUUUGAAUUGGAUUGUGAGACUUUCAGCAGAGACUGAGAUGAUGAUGAAUUCUGUAGAAAGGGUUGAUGAAUAUACCCAACUUGACACUGAGCCCGUCAGACAUCCAGAAGGUAACCUGAUUGUGGAUAAAACAUGGCCAGAAAAUGGGGAGAUUGAGUUUCUGAAUGUCAGUCUACGAUACGAGGAAAAUCUUGACCCAGUUGUCAACGAAGCCUCGUUCAUCAUACAUGGAGGAGAAAAGAUUGGAAUCUGUGGUCGGACAGGAAGCGGUAAGUCCUCUCUUCUGCUCAGUCUUUUCCGUAUGAUUGAUAUCUGCCAAGGCCAGAUCCUGAUCGAUGGAAAGGACACAAUGAAGAUCCCCCUGCCAGAGCUUCGGUCCAAACUCGCUAUCAUCCCACAGGACCCGGUACUGUUUGAAGGGACGAUCAGAUACAACCUUGCCCCAAAGUGUGAUAUAAGUGAUGAGAGGCUUUGGUUGGCCCUGGAAACUGUACAGCUCAAGGACACCAUUUCUGCCUUACCAGAAAAACUUGAUUCUUCUGUAUCAGAAGGUGGGGAAAACUUCAGUGUUGGACAGAAACAGCUGUUUUGUUUGGCCCGAGCAUUCCUCCGAGAAAACCAAAUACUGAUUCUAGAUGAGGCAACAGCCUCCAUAGAUCUGGAGACAGACAGCAAACUGCAGAAUGUGAUAUCUACUGCCUUUCAGAAUAGGACUGUCAUCACUAUAGCUCAUCGCAUAUCAACCAUACUGAAAUACGACAGAGUGCUGGUAAUGGACAACGGCCAUAUAGUUGAGAUUAACACCCCUGAAAAGCUUCUGGAGGACACAGACUCACACUUUUAUGCGCUUGUGCACCAAGCUAAAAAAUAAUCACAGAUGUUUGUUAAAUGAUUAGCCAUUGUUAGACCAAGACUGAACAGAACUGUUAUUUUAUGAAGGUUCUCUUAUAUUUUCAUUUAUUGAAUGAAUAUCAUUUACAUCUGUAAACCACCUGUUAAUUAACCAUACAGUGAGUAU